CUCUCCCCCUCCCUCUCUUUCCCCUUGUGUUCCUCCCUUCCUUUUCCGGCGAAGGCGCACGUUAGCACCGUCCGUAGUUUAAAGGCAACCCAACGAGGCUACAGGAUAUAUACUGGACCCGUUUCUUGUGCUUGUUGGCAGGAGUUUGAGUUUGGGAAGAUGACGCAGAAUUUGGUGUUGUUGCUGUUUGCGAUCUGCCGGCUGAUCUCCACCGUCGGCCUGACGCUGGAGCCCGCCGAGCUGCUGCAGCUGGACGUGGAGGGCCAGGUCAGCCUGGACCCCUCCGAUGUCGGCCGGGCCUCGGUCGACUUUGGGGGCAUGACCCGGGCGGAGCCGAUGGCCGUCAUGCGCCCGGCCUCGGCUGGUGACGUCGCCAGCCUGGUCCGGGCGGCCUAUGGCUCGGCCCAGGGGUUCCCGGUCUCCGCCCGGGGCCAUGGCCAUUCCAUCGAUGGGCAGGCCCAGGCGCCGGGAGGGGUCGUGAUCGAGAUGAGCCAGUACGGCCGAGCCGCAGGCCACCGGGCGAGGCCCCGCCCGGUGUACUCCCCAUCCCUCGGGGAGUACUACGUGGAUGUCUGGGGUGGGGAGCUGUGGAUCGACAUCUUGAACUGGACGCUGGAGAACGGCGGGCUCGCGCCAAAGUCGUGGACCGACUACCUCUAUCUUUCAGUCGGGGGAACCCUCUCCAAUGCUGGGAUCAGUGGGCAGGCCUUCCACCAUGGCCCCCAAAUAAGCAAUGUCUACGAGCUCGAUGUGGUCACAGGCAUGGGGGAGAUCCUGACAUGUUCAGAAGAGGAGAAUUCCGAGCUAUUUUAUGGAGUUCUUGGUGGUUUGGGACAAUUCGGGAUCAUAACAAGGGCUAGAAUAGCACUGGAGCCUGCUCCCCGAAGGGUGAGAUGGAUUCGAGUGCUCUACUCCAAUUUCACAACGUUCACUCGAGACCAGGAGCACCUCAUCUCCCUUCACAGCGCCCACCGGAGCGAGAGGUUCGACUACGUUGAAGGCUUUGUCAUCGUCGACGAGGGCCUGAUCAACAACUGGAGGUCCUCCUUCUUCUCCCCUCGAAACCCAGUCAAGAUCAGCUCCAUUGGAGCCAACGGUGGUGUACUAUACUGCUUGGAGAUGACUAAGAACUACGACGAGUCCACUGCCGGCUUGGUCGACCAGGAAGUGGAGGCUUUACUGACGAAGCUGGAGUUCAUACCGGCAUCGGUGUUCACGACCGACCUUCCCUAUGUCGACUUCCUCGAUCGAGUCCACAAGGCCGAGCUCAAGCUCCGGGCCAAGGGGAUGUGGGAUGUACCACAUCCAUGGCUCAACCUCUUUGUGCCGGGGUCUCGCAUCGCCGACUUCGACCAUGGGGUCUUUCGGGCCAUCCUCGGAAACAAGACCAGCGGACCAAUCCUCAUCUACCCCAUGAACAAGCACAAGUGGGACGAGAGGAGCUCGGUGGUUACACCCGAGGAGGAGGUGUUCUACUUGGUGGCCUUUCUGAGGUCGGCCCUGCCUGACUCGGACGAGUCGACUCAGAGCCUGGAGUACCUUAGCCAGCAGAACGAGAGGAUUCUAGCCUUCUGCGAGGAGGCGGGCAUCCAGGUGAAGCAGUACCUGCCGCACCACUUGACUCGGGCCGAUUGGGCCCGGCACUUCGGGCCCAAAUGGGGCCGAUUCCGUAGGCUCAAGGCCCAGUUCGACCCCAAGUGCAUUCUUGGCUCGGGCCAGGGGAUCUUCCCACCCUCUUCCUCCCCUCUCUCCUCUUGGGCAUUCCACCAUACACCAGACACAGGAAAGGAGGAUGCCAUGGAGGUGGGACCGCAUGACCUGUAAAGCCUUGUUUGCCUAUUGGGUGCCGGGCUUCUCUAUGGGGCAAAGACGGUCCAAUCGAAUUAGGAGGGUUCGAUCGUAAGUUUGGAGCGUCCUCAUUAAUUUUUGUCUCCUAUGGAAAUCCAUACUAGCCUGCAAAAGAUGUGUAACUGCAUGAUAUGUCCAUAGGUUUCUGUGCAUGGAGCAAGUUACAUAAUGGAUAUAUUUUUUUAUCAUUAA